CCAAAGCAUAUUUGACACAACACUUAAGCUCAGACAAAAUAAUGCCUGCUAUAAUAUUCAUGUUAUACCAUUACUAGCUUUUACGAUCAAUCUAGUUAUUCUAGUAUGUCUCUGUCUAUACAGUUUGUCAGAAUCCUGCUCACAUGUUGGAGCAGUUCUGUUUGCAAUCGAAGCAGGUGUGAAGAUGAGAGACUGCAUCCUGCACCACUGAGAAGUGCAAGUGGCUAAUGCCAUCACAUGUCAAAAAGAUUCCUGCUGCUCCAGUUGCGAUGAUAGACUUUUCAUCCGCAAAAUUCAAAAAGCAAAAACUGGAUGAUGCCAUUGCUGGAAGGACAGGUGAGAAGCACACAUUUCAGCGUCCCACAGUCCAGGGUUCAAAAUUGGAGCGAGGAUCAGAGAGGUAUAUGCAGUUUUUCAAGACUUUGAGCAGAAAUUCCCCAAGAAGUGCUGCACUGAUGUCCAGGGAACCAUAUUACAAAGAAUUUGUCCCUAAAUCUGUGAGCAAACUACCUAAACCACUACCUCAGUAUAGGACACCAGAGAUGCUACAGCUCUCCCCAACAGAGUUGCAGAAUGCAUGCCAGGACUUCAGACAGGAAGAGCUGACACAGCCACAGGUCCAGGCAGUAGAGGAGGAGACCAGAAACCAGAGCUUAUCACCAAUAUGGUUUAGCCAAAGAGCAGGAAGGAUCACAGCCUCAAGACUGAAGCAGGUUCUACAGACUAGUCUUGCACAGCCAUCAAAGUCCUUGAUCAAGUCCAUAUGCUACCCAGAGGCACACAAGUUCUCUACAGCUGCAACAAGGUAUUUAUUAGGGAUUAGGGAGCCAAUCAGAAUGGAGUAUUCACCCAGACCAUGGUAUAAUUAAGCAAUAGCUCACGACAGGCCGUGGUAUUU